AUGGACCCGUACUGGGAGUGGGACGACUGCGACAUUGGCAUGGUCCUCGUCAAGCAAGAAAGCGACGCCGCUUCCGCCGCCGCCACAGCCGCCGCUGCAUCCGCCGCACCCAGCGGCGGGGAGCAAGGUGAUGCCGCGGGACGCGGAAUCGUCAUGGAAUGGACACCCGCAACGUUGGCGGCAGUUCCGGCAGCAGGAGCAUCCGCGGAAGCAUCGGGAGCGGCGCUGGUGGCGGCAUCCCCGCCGGGUGGGUUCCGUCGCCCGGCACUGACUCCGCUCAUUACCCCCCCCAAAGGCGGCGACGGCGGCGCUCAUCGUCCCCCUUCCCCCCUCACCAGCGGCGGCUGCCGCGAGUUUUCCGCCACCUCUGCCGCUGGCUCGGCACCGAGCCAUUAUGGGGCUGGUUCGGGGGGGCCGAGCCCCUCUGGCUCGGGACCCAGCCUUGCAGGCUCGGCACCCAGCCCCAGAGGUUCGGGCCCCAGUCCUGCAGUAUCCACCGCCGCAUCACACGCAGAGGCAGAAGCAGGGGCAGUGCUGUGUCCUUCUGAAACCGAACCCUCAACUUCUCAUCUCAUCACCCCUCAUCUCAUCACCCCUCAUCUCAUCACCCCUCGUCUAAUCACCCCUCGUCUCAUCACCCCUCAUCUCAUCACCCCUCAUCUCAUCACCCCUCAUCUCAUCACCCCUCAUCUCAUCACCCCUCAUCUCAUCGCCCCUCAUCUCCUCACCCCUCGUCUCAUCACCCCUCAUUUCAUCACCCGUCAUCUCAUCACCCCUCAAUUCAUCACCCCUCAUCUCAUCACCCCUCAUUUCAUCACCCCUCAUUUCAUCACCCCUCAUCUCAUCACCCCUCAUCUCAUCACCCCUCAUCUCAUCACCCCUCAUCUCAUCACCCCUCAUCUCAUCACCCCUCAUCUCAUCGCCCCUCAUCUCCUCACCCCUCGUCUCAUCACCCCUCAUUUCAUCACCCGUCAUCUCAUCACCCCUCAAUUCAUCACCCCUCAUCUCAUCACCCCUCAUUUCAUCACCCCUCAUUUCAUCACCCCUCAUCUCAUCACCCCUCAUCUCAUCACCCCUCAUCUCAUCACCCCUCAUCUCAUCACCCCUCAUCUCAUCACCCCUCAUCUCAUCGCCCCUCAUCUCCUCACCCCUCGUCUCAUCACCCCUCAUUUCAUCACCCGUCAUCUCAUCACCCCUCAAUUCAUCACCCCUCAUCUCAUCACCCCUCAUUUCAUCACCCCUCAUUUCAUCACCCCUCAUCUCAUCACCCCUCAUCUCAUCACCCCUCAUCUCAUCACCCCUCAUCUCAUCACCCCUCAUCUCAUCACCCCUCAUCUCAUCGCCCCUCAUCUCCUCACCCCUCGUCUCAUCACCCCUCAUUUCAUCACCCGUCAUCUCAUCACCCCUCAAUUCAUCACCCCUCAUCUCAUCACCCCUCAUUUCAUCACCCCUCAUUUCAUCACCCCUCAUCUCAUCACCCCUCAUCUCAUCACCCCUGUCCUCUCCUCCUAG